GAAAAUAAAAUUUUUAACUAAUUGUUAAUUCUGAAAAUUCCAGGAUAAAGAUGUGAAUCUUAGUAUAUGAAAUGAGUAAUACUUCCUCAAUAGUCUGGCCAUUCUGUUCAUCCAAAUGCUUCCAAUUAAAACAAAAUUCAUUCAAACGAAUUUUCGAUUAGUAAUUAUUUUUUCAAGUUAUAAAAAGUUGAAAUCAACACGUGUUUCCGCUUGUUAAAACGGUUUUCUUAAAAAAAUUUUUUAUUUGAAUUGUAUUUAAAAUUGUAAAGUGUGUUUUUUAAAAGAAAUGCGAAUAAUUAACCCCCGGAUAUUUUUCUUUUGUUAUUAUUUUUUCUUCCGUUUCUUCCUUUUCCCUAUUUUAUCUUUUACAUAUAUUUAUAUCUUCAUCCGUGCAUCUAUUGUUAACUGAUCUCAUAAGUUUUACUUUCCUUCUUGUCUCAUUCAGCUUUAAUUGACUGUUUCUUUAAGAUCACUUUCAUCACGGAUUUCACAGGGAGGGGAGAGAAUUCGGCUCUUACAGUUGUAGAAUAAAUUAAGGCGAAAAUAAUUGAAUAGCCAGUAACAAGAAAUCAAAGUUAAAACUGUUAACUAUAAACAUAAGAAAACAUAACUUAAACAUAGACAACAUCAGAGAUGUAUACCAGUACGAUCUUUCACGUCUUUGUAAUGUUGGUUUAUCUACAAUUACCGCAUUUAUUUGUCGGUUACAGAAUGUGGCAGAAGAGAGGUUGCAUCUACCACACAGAAUGCGGAAGUGCACAAGUAUGUAAAGAAAAUAUAUGUACAGAAGUGACAACAACAUUGGAAAUAGCUUCAAAACAAAUGUGUCCUGGUGUUUUCAAGAAGCUGUGCUAUUUAAACAAAGAUUGCAACUGUCCGUCGGAAAUAAUGAUAUGUAAAAACUACGAAUGUGUAUUUCCGAAGGAAAAUGUCAAAACAGAAAUAGCGGAAUGCUCCAGCCAUACGGAGUGUGGUAUGCUGGAAAUAUGCAAAAACAAAAAAUGCAGAGAAGUUCGUACGUUUGAAGAAUUGUAUUUAUUGGAAAACGUGCUCGAGAAAUAUAGAAAUUGAUGGUCUACUUCGAUUGACGUCUAUAUUGAUUCAAGAGAAACCAGGUCUAUUCUGAAGAAAAUUGGUAGAAGUUUUUGUAAAAAAGAAGUUAUUUUUCUUUAUUUCUUAGAAAAUUGAAAGAAUAUUUAAAUUUAGCUAAAAUAUUUUAUUAUCAUUUUUAUUAUCAUUAUAAUCCCCGGG